ACCACGCACUUGCUCUCUCGCACUAUCACUCCUCUUUCUACCUGUACUCCUCUUCUCCGCCUCUACUUCACAGCACUGUUCUAGCCUACCCUGCUCUGCCCACCCCAGGCUGUCCUGGGUCUUCGUUCCUCCUUGUCGCACCCAUCUUUGAACAUCGGUCUCCUCUAGGCCCCGGCAGCGCAGUGAUAUGACCCUGUCUGUCCCUAUGUACCCAGCCCAGAUCUUGUUCCUUACCCAGGUAGUCUCUUCGUCCAGGUCUACCCACGUCAACCCUUCACGCCUCACGCCGGGACCUGUCGUCCAUUCAUAAUAAGGCUUGACCUUCUCCCGCAUACCCCCCUCACCCUCACCCACCAAUCCGGACAAUUACUAGCCCAGCUCGCGCUCCCAGAGAGAAAUUCGAGACACAGCUGUCCUGGUGCUUUCUUUUCCUUCCACUUCCUCCCCUCUGCAACUCUUUCCUCGACAAUACGCAGUCGUCUAGUUGCCGACGAUUUCGGAAUUGAAAGCCUCACUGUGAGUGAGAGUGAGAAAGCGAGAGAGCCGCCGAGUGCGCGGCCAGGUCGGGACGGUCGGUGCCAACUACGCAUACCCAAUAUUCAAGCAACAAGCUUGAAUGCAACCGCUCCUUUGUCUCCGCUCUUUGCUCGAAGGCUACUUCUUCGACCUCACCGCUACCAACAGCUCGAACCACCACGAUCCAACUCGACAUGUCCAACGAUCCGUCCGUGAGGCGCAUCUUGCCUCAGAGCUCCCAGAUGGGCAGCUUCUCCUUUGCGCCUCAGCAGUACCCUCAGAGGGAAACCCAGAAGAACUAUGUUUUCGUGGAUGAACACAAUCGCCACAAACGGCUGAAGGUGAUGAGAGCUUGUGAGGGAUGCAGAAGGAGGAAAAUCAAAUGUGAUGCGGCCACCACCAACACCUGGCCUUGCUCGGCGUGCAUCAGACUCAAACUCCAUUGCGUCCGCCCCAAUGGCCAGUACGAUGGCACCGACACCUACGAGCCUGCCGGGGACGAGUUCACCGCCGGUUCCUCUCAGAUGCAGUCCGGGUUUCGCCAGCAACCUCCCAUACAGCAACAGUCCAUGAUGGCCGGUGGCCAAAAGCCCAACCCGUCCAUGUAUGCUGCUCAGGGCGCGUAUUCGGAUCCCAAUGUCUUCCCCCCCGUUCACUACUCCGAACAACAGGCGCACCAGCAUAAUAUGCACUACACCACAGUGUCGCCCUCGAUGUCAAUGAUGGAACAGCCUUAUGCCGGCCAGAACGUAUUCCCUACUCCUCCUCUCCAGCAGAGCGCGCGUCCAGAUUCUCCUCCCGACACCUACUCCCAAGACGGGUCCUACCAGCAAUCUGAUUUGGCCGACCUUCUCGGUUCAUUGAAGGUCAACGAGGCAGGCACAGCACCAUACCUGAGGAAUAAAGCCUCUUUCCUUCAUGACGAGGAACCAGCCGUGGAAGAUGCGGAGGACUUCAAGACCGCCCUUCCGCCCAUCAUUUCCGGUCCCGGUCUCAAAAUCCGCAUCCCCCCGGAACUGAUGCCCGACGAUGAAACUGUUAUGCAUUAUUUCGACUUGUUUUUCAGCCAUGUCCAUCCCUACAUACCUGUUCUAAGCAAGAGCAUGUUCUACCACCAAUGGAAUACCAACCGGGAAUCUGUGUCGCCUCUCAUUCUCGAAGCUCUUUUCGCCAUGGGAGGGAGACUUGCCGACGAUCCUGCUCAAGGACAGCAAUGGCUAGCCUUGGCAACGAAGCACGCCGACUCUUUCAUGGACGUUCCGAGACUCAGCACCCUACAGGCCUUGUUACUCAUCCUGAAAGCUAGGGAAGCAGCACCGAAGCGCGGCUAUUACUACCGUUCGUGGAUGACAAUCGUUCAGUGCGUCCAAAUGGGCAAGGAUCUCGGCUUGGACGAGCACUACUCGGAUCACCAGGCAGGACGGCCGUGUGGCUCCUCCUCGCUGGAAUGUCAGAUGAAGAGUAGGAUUUGGCAGACCAUUUUUGUUUGCGAAACCAUGAUUGGGUCUCCUCAAGGGCGAACCGAUCUUGCGGUUGAGCUGGACUCCAUCGACUUCAGUGUUCCGCGUCCCAUCCCGGGAGGCGAUGACUCCGAAUAUCACACCACUCGGAACUUCACCUACUUUGCAAGAAUCGUUCGUAACGUCAGCCGCAUGAACACAGCCUACGGCCGUCUGAAGAAGAAGAAGACGAAGGACUGGGGCGUUGAUCCCGAAUUUGUGCAGCUCAACCCGGCCCUCAACUCUUGGUUGAACGACCUUCCCGCGGAUCUCUCGGUCACUUUCCCCCCGGAUGGUUCCCCGCCAUGGCUUUCGUCGCCAUACAUCGGAAACCUGCACUCCUACUACUACCUGACGUUGAUUCUCCUCCAUCGACCCCAACUCAAUUUCCUCGAUCCCAAUGGACAGGAUGGUCAGUGGAAACAGCACAUGAUGAUUUGCUACUCCGCAGCCAAGGCUCUGUGUCGGUUGCAGGAAGCGGUUCUGAAUUCCUUUGGGUUUCCCGGCCUGCAGUGCAUGCUCCGUGGGUUCAGUUUCACCGUAUACUGCGGACUUUGUUGCAUUGUUCUGCACCUUGUGGCGGUUGUCUCCCCAGAUCCCGAUUUGAACACUGAUGCCCGCGAGUUCUUCACGCGGCACAUGCGAGUUCUCGAGAAGGUCAUGUCGAUUUGGCCAAUGGCGGACCUCCAGAAGCAAGUCGAUGCGGUACGCGAAGCAUUUUCUGCUGAUGUCAGGAAACCCUUUGUGCUCAAGCCAAGCUUCCCCUACGGCAGUCCUCAAUCCUCCAACCAUUCCAGCCCUCCCCGGGGCUACAGGCCCGGCAUGGCUCGCGCUGCGUCUUUGGACCAACAGCUGGAUACCCAGAACCUUCAGCACUCCCAAGUCAGUUACACCAGCCAUCCCAUUACACCUCCUAUUUCUGCCGGGCCUGUGGAUACCAAGAGUGACUCGCCUGCUAUACAGUCACUCGUCAUGAUGGCCCACCAAGGUUCCCAAGCGCCGGGGAUGCAACAGUCAAUGCCACUGUCAGACGCGCCGGCCUGGAACCCCGCACGCAUCUUUGAGCAAUGGAACACGUCUUUCGGUACGCCUCAGGUCCAACCACAGCCUUCGACGCUGCCUCCCCAGUCCAAUUCGCUUAGUGUUUCUCCGUCUUCAGGUGCACCCGAAGCCCCGUCUCUACAAGACAUUCAGGCUGUCAACGCCACUCUACCAGUGGUCUCUCAGCAAAUGGCGCAACAGUACUCAGCCGCUCCAGUGCAAACGUUUGUUUCGCCAGCAAUGUGGCAGGAGUCCGUGGCCAGUGUCUACGAAGGCGGUCUCAAGCGGGGCUGGGACUACGAUGGCAGUGGCCCUGUGAUGAAGCGGCGAUGAGCCGUUUACAAAUUGAUAUUUGCAAAGCUACUUAACAUAACACCGGUUACCUGGUGUCGCAACUUUGGCACAGCGAUGACCAUCCACUGGUUCAUACAGCAUAUUUUUGCGGCUUGGCGGGUGGGGGUGCCUCUGCCGCGAAACAAACGGCACAUCGAAAAGGUUACCCCAUACCCAGGCAGCACUGAGCCACACGUACAUACAUUGGAUUCUCGGCUCUUGCGGCUCUCACGGCUUCUACUCGCCCUAUACAUCUUUUUAUUCUCGCGACGAAUACAUGUACACGAUAACGAUGAAAAUGAGGAGGGGAGGAAAACGAAUGAAGCUCCAUGCCGCGCGCCGGCGUCACUCAUGCCCUUCAGAAGCAUUCUUCCGAUUGAGGCCGGAGCUGUCAAGAGGCGUUCUUGGAUGGGAAAAAGUCAGGCGAGGCGGGUGUCCCCGGGCCUGUACCUGUACUCAUGGACUGUAUUUCUAUAUUUGGCAUGUUUCGACGGAGACUACGCGGCAUAGUCUGGCUCGGCGUAGGGACAGGACAGCGCGCACCUUUACAUUUCAAACGAGGAGUCUUGUUCACUUUUUGUCCACUCAUGGAAGGUCCCCCAAAAAGUACCUGUACGAGGAGAAGGAGAGUGUGAAGAAUUGUUGUUUCUACGAGUAGGCUGGCCAAUCUAGACAUGAUACCACCUUCUGCAC